GACAUGAACACUCGUUUAGCCGCACGCCAGGUCCUGUGCAUGCUGAGGAGUACGCCCUCAUCCGCAUUCAGUCCACUUCAUUCAGGUAGCAAGCUGCAGUGUAGAUUGCUGCGUUCUUCGAGCAGCAACCCGCUGCCCGGCGCAGCCAACAAUGAUCCAGGGUCCCCGCAGAGGCAGACCGCUCCAGAGUUGUCGCUGCCCUGUCUGCUUGACAUGGGCUUCACGCACAGCCAAGCUGAGGAAAUCUACGAGUCUGUGUGUAAAGCCAGAGGUGGAAGUGCGGCCAAGCAUUGCCUGUCAACACUCACGCUUCUGUUCAUGUUGGGCCUCAACCCGUCUAGCGUGAUGAAGUUAUUGACUAAAUGUCCUGACCUUUACACAGUCAAGGAAUCGCUUCUCCAGCAGCGGAUAAGCAGCCUGCGCAAACUUGGUUUAGUUGAAGGCAGUCUUCAGCGGCUGGUGGCGCACUACCCCGCCAUCCUGACCGUGCCUGUGAAGACGCUCAAACGCCUGACAAUGUUCCUCAGGGAGAAGUGUCUGUUUACCGUGCAGCAGGUCACUGACAUCCUCAGAGACAGUCCGGCCGUCGUGCACCAAGAGCGGGCUCAACUGGAGUACAAAUUUCAGUACGUCUACUUCCGAAUGGGCAUCAAGCAGGCAGAGAUGGUGAAGCACAGGUUGUUCCGUUCCACACUGGAAGAGGUGCGCUGGCGACACGGUUUCUUGGAGCGCCGCGGCUUGUACCAAACCCCCGACAAGAAAGGGCAGACCCUCGUCGUUAACCCCAAACUGGACAGAGUCCUCAACGUGGAUCUGGACACCUUCCUGGCAAACGCAGCCAACGCGUCGGCCGAGGAGUAUGACGUCUUUCGGAGGCUGAUGGCCAGAGAGUGGCAGGAAGAAGAGCGUCAUGACGGCGACGAGAGUGAGGAUGACGACGACGACUACAAUGAGGAAGAUGAGGACGAGAUGGAAGAAAGCUGCUGGAGGAAAAACGUAAAAACCGAAAGAAAAAGGGGUCGACAUGGCCGCAGAGCCCCACCUGAUUACCAACCUGACACAGGAGUGGGUGGCGAGCCUCCAGAAGUGGCACCUGGAGCUCUUCUUCAUCCCCACCACCGUGGUCACCCUGGCCACCAUGCUGGUGAACCCCGUCCUCUUAGCGUGCAUCUUCGUAUCGCGCGCCUUACGCCGCGAGACACGCUACCUCCUGGUAGCCAACACGCUGGCAGCGGACAUGCUGUUCCUCACCCUCAACCUGGUCACCGCCAUUCUCAACGCCACCCGGGCCGGGUUCCCGUGGUUGCUGUGCGAGCUGGUGACGGCCGUCACCGUCACGGCCUACUGCUGCGCCAUCCUCACCGUCACCCUCAUGGUAGUGGACACUUACGCCGCCGUGCGCUGGCCGCUGCACUACCGUGACCUCCUCCCGCCUGCUCGCACCCACAGAAUCCUGCUGGGGGCGUGGGUACUGGCGGCGACCUACCCGUUCACGCUGGUCAUUCUGA